AUGGUGCCCAGCCUUCCCCUGCUGCUCCUAAUGGGGCUGUCUGUGUGUGCUGUGGCAGGUGACGGUGGGGAUGAACUGACCCUCGGCACUGAAGCAGGAUCCUGGGUAACCGUGAACCUGCAGGUAGGCGCUGUCGCCAGUAUUCAGCUCCAGCUGCACGAGGUGAAGAGGGGCAAGGCCAGCCAGUUCUUCGGGCUGAUGGGGAAGCGGGUGAAAGGAUAUCAGACGGGACAGAUGGUUCAGGGCAGGAGAGGAUUAUCCACAAAAGGUCUGGUCAUUAACUAUUAG